AUCGAACCUGCUCACAAAAUUUUACUACAAUCGCUAGGGAAUGCGACCUGUAGAGGAAAACAGCCGGAUGAUACAAUUAUUUUAUACAAUCAUGAUAUAAUAGAGAGCUUCUCAGUCGGGUAUCGUGUUUAGGCAACGAAGCUUACUGAGUUGCCUAAAUAAGGUACGAGAUUGAAAGGCUGGAUUGUAUCACUAUUGUGUACAAUACUUUUUUAUACUAAAACCAAAAUAAUUAAUGAAAAUUGGUGUAGUGAGUGUAGUGGAAGUAUCUCAGUACACAAAAUAGUAGUACAAAAGACAUAAUCGCGCGACUUUUUAGUCCCGCCCCGCGCCCGUUUAGGCUUUUCUAUGGGAGCAGGGCGGCACAGUGAUUGGUCUUUUUUUUAUAGUUGACUACAGCGUAUCGCAAUGAAUAUUAUAGUUGAGUUGGGAGCCCAUACAUGAAAUAAAGCAAUUUUACCCAAGUUGAAACAGAGACGCUUCCCGCUCUCUCGAUUAUAUCGUUAAAUUUCGUUAUCUGCCUCUCUAUCACUCUUGCAUAUACGAGCGAUAGAGAGGCAGAUAACGAAUUUUCGUGUUUCGCAGUAGGCUCUCAGGUAAUGUCAUGUAAAUGUUCAAUAUUAAAUUUAAAGUAAAAAAAUACUACAGGUUAAUUAAUAUUUUAAACAUGGACAAAAAUAAACACUCUUUAAUAACAAGUAGUUUCCAGAGCGCCUAUUAAACAAAACAAGGCGCAAAACUGUUGUUAAUACAGCAGAACGUGUUUUCAUAAACAAUUAGAUUAGUAAAUAUAAAUAAGUACGAAUGUUUUGAGCAGUGUUUGAAUUUUUUUAUAAACCUAUAUUAGUUAAUUAUUCAUACAGUUAUCUAUGUGCUUAUUUAUAUAAAAAAACUAUAUGCACUUCAAUAAUCUUUCUGAAUAGGUAUGCACAUGAAUUCCAGCAUCAAAGACAGCAAAACUACCGAACAGUUGUUUUUCAUUCUUCGCGAAAUAACAGUGCCAUUAUGACGCAGUCUUAAGUGUCACAAUACAGUAACAUCACAAACAGAUGAAUUCUUUCCUGCCUUUACAAUUAGAAGAUGAUUACCUGUUUAUUGUGAAACUUGUCUUGGAGGCAAAUGGAGUUCCAUAUCUACACAUUUUUAAUCAUUUUAAUAAACGUGCACAUAUCCAUUUGCAUGAUAAGGGACUUAUCUAUUUGUCAAGAUGACUUUACGUUGAAGCCACCCGACGGUAUUCUGAAAGAAAAUACUUUCACAUGGCUAGCUUACCUACAGUACGUUCACGUUAUGACGGGCUUAUUAAACCCAAGCAAGGCGCCUCGGGUAGUGAUGGUGCAUCGGCAAUUUGUCGUAGGUACCGCGGCAGACUUUCUGCGCCUGCCAAAGAACUACAAAAUAGGUAACGUCGUGUUCGGCGACUACGAGCGCGACGAACAAGACUGUCAGCUGUCGCUGAUGCAGCUGAAGAUGGGCGAAAAGUGCCCUCGAGCCUACCUCGAGGUCCCGGUCAGCGAAGUCACGGCACACCCGGAGUUCUCCAGAUUUGGAGUCGGAAAUAGUAUGGCCAUCGGUAAACUCAUUCGCCCUGUGCAAUCAGAAUACACUAUCCCAAUUUGCCUGCCAUCAUACGCUGAACGUCAGAGAAAACGCCAAAACAAAAUCGUCAUUUUAAUUGAUUAUAUCAGCACUGUACCAAGAGACUUCGACCAAGAGAAAAUGGGAAAGAAAACUGUGAAAUUAUACACACACAAAGAAUGUCGGCGCCAUCGCAAGAAAGCGAAUUUGGGUAGCGAAGGCGCAACGCACGUCCUAUGCACAUCAGGAUGCGGCGUGCGGCCUGGCGCGCCCAUCGCCUCGCACAGCCCGGACGGCGAGUUCGAACUCAUAGGCCUCUCUGCGGGCUACGCGCCCUGCACUCGCCGCGGCAUGCGCCGGCGACUCAACGACGACCCGCCUAUCUACAUCGAUGUAUUCCCUUACGUUACCUGGAUUGUAAAUAUUAUAGCAGCGCACGUCAUACCGAAACCUUAUCCCAGCAAUUUUAAGUUAGUCGAUGGAAGAUCAGGUCUGAGCGUUCACAAAAGCGGCUACCUCCGGAAAAGAAGAGAGCAGCAGCACGGUUGGCGCGCCCGCACCUACCUGCACGGCAAUUUCUGUUACAAGUCGAAGAGGGUUCAGGAGCGCCAAGCUUACUUUUUCUAUUCGGAAAAGUUUGUCGUGCAUGCUAACCCGCCAGCCAAGCUACAUAUAGUGUUGAAACUUUCUGCAGGAGUUGAGACAACAAUCCUGUGCGCCCGAAUGCAGUUUCCGAACCGGCAGGUCGAGCCCACGAUAACAGGCGUAGGAGGCUACAACAUAACCCUCCAAUUCACCACGGACUGGUUCCCCUACGUGUUCUUCUUCACACUCGGCCUCACGGGCAAGAACACCACUAGAGCCAACUUGAAGGAAUGGAUCGUUGAGCGACAUCCGGGUGCUUGGUGAACAGGGGUGCAACCGAGUGGAUGCUCAACUUGCGGAGACCAGCAGGGUAUCAGAGGCGAUUAUAUUAAAUCCCGCACAAUUGUAGUUUUUAUUUUGAAUUUUUACACAUUGUAGUGAAGGGCAAAUUCAUUGAAAAAAUCACACAAAAACGACUAUAUUUCAUAACAUGUGAAUGGUCUCACUCCUGAGUACACUCUAUUCAAAUCCAUUGUACGCUCGACGUUGGUUGCCGAACACGCCGCUAGACAGUCGCUAGUCGCCAGUGAAGCCAUACACAAAAUAGCUCUACGAGUAUAGAUCAGUAA